AAUCAGUUCUAUACAGUUAUGAGGUUACUAUCACAUAAUUCCUAAAUUUUUCCUUUUCUUUUCUAAAAUGUUUGCGCAACUAUUUCUAAAACCCACUUGCUUUUUGUCGGAUUUAUGAUCAACAAUCAACUCCUUUUCCUUCUCGUCGUUUAUAUCUUUGUACUUAUCGAGAGAUUGAAAAGAAGGGAAAAAGGAAUCGAAUAACUACGACAUUGUCAAAGUUUCCUUUCUCUCCUUUCCCAUCGUUUUCUCAUCAACCAAACACGGCACCUUCAUUGAUUUUUGUUCCAAAUUGUUCUUGUUUCGUCUGGUGGUAUAAUUGGGUUCUCGUCAAAGAAAAUAAUGGGGAUUAUUGAGAGGAUUAAAGAAAUUGAAGCCGAGAUGGCUCGAACCCAGAAAAAUAAGGCCACAGAGUACCAUCUUGGUCAGCUCAAGGCAAAGAUUGCAAAGCUAAGGACACAAUUACUAGAGCCACCAAAAGGUUCUAGUGGGGCUGGAGAGGGUUUUGAAGUUACAAAAUUUGGUGAUGGACGUGUCGCACUAAUAGGAUUUCCAAGUGUGGGGAAAUCAACCCUUUUAACAAUGUUAACUGGAACUCAUUCAGAAGCUGCAUCAUAUGAGUUCACAACACUUACGUGCAUUCCUGGUAUCAUACAUUACAAUGAUACUAAGAUUCAACUGCUUGAUCUUCCUGGAAUUAUUGAAGGUGCUUCUGAAGGCAAGGGACGUGGGAGGCAGGUUAUUGCUGUUGCCAAGUCAUCAGAUCUUGUGCUAAUGGUUCUUGAUGCCUCUAAAAGUGAAGGUCAUCGCCAGAUAUUAACCAAGGAACUAGAAGCUGUGGGUUUGCGUUUAAACAAGAGACCGCCUCAAAUAUAUUUCAAAAAGAAAAAAACUGGAGGCAUCUCUUUCAACAGCACUUUACCUUUAACUCAUGUGGAUGAGAAACUCUGUUAUCAAAUUCUACAUGAAUACAAAAUUCACAAUGCAGAGGUUCUAUUCCGUGAGGAUGCCACAGUGGAUGAUUUUAUAGAUGUCAUUGAAGGAAACCGCAAAUACAUUAAGUGUGUAUAUGUUUACAACAAGAUAGAUGUCAUUGGUAUUGAUGAUGUGGAUAAGUUAGCCCGUCAGCCAAAUUCUGUUGUCAUAAGCUGCAAUCUGAAGCUGAACUUAGAUAGACUACUUUCUAAGAUGUGGGAAGAGAUGGGGCUUGUGAGAGUAUACACAAAACCACAAGGCCAGCAACCUGAUUUCAGUGAUCCCGCGGUUUUCUCUGCUGAUAGGGGUGGUUGCAUGGUGAAAGACUUCUGUAAUCACAUUCAUAGGAAUUUGAUAAAGGAUGUAAAAUAUGUUCUAGUCUGGGGAACAAGUGCAAGGCAUUACCCUCAACAUUGUGGCCUUGGGCAUGUUCUGCAGGAUGAAGACGUUGUUCAGAUUGUCAAGAAAAAGGAAAAAGAGGAAGGAGGUAGAGGCCGCUUCAAAUCACAUUCUACAGCUCCUGCACGAAUAUCUGAUAGAGAGAAAAAGGCUCCCUUGAAGACCUAACCAUGUCCAUAUUCCUUGCUAUGGAAAAAGGUUGUGGACUGGAAUGGAAAUAUAAGAAUUACCCUUUUGUUGUAUUCUGAGUAAUUUCAUCAAGCAGUAUUAUCAAGUUGAUUUGUUCUUUUUUCUUAAUUUUAUUGUAAAUUUUAUUCCUUGAAAUUUCAUUUGGGCCUUUACACCGAAAAUUAUAUCUUGAAAAUGUCAUUAAUGACUUGGGUCUUUUGGAUCUAAUAUAUCUAUGUAGCAAAUAUGCCCCCAGCCCAGAGGAUGAUUGGUCAUUUGAUUGGGACGUGGUUUUGAAUAAAGGGUCAAGGAUAAGCCCAUUAGAGAGCUAUGGCUUAGUGUUGCGGAGAAACACCAGCCUAACACUAAGCCAUAGUAUUCCAUCCAUGAAAUCUUGAGACGUGAAAUAUGACUUAAAGCUGGAAACUUCGGGGAAAA